GUGUGUGAGAGAGAAUCGGCUCCAGAAACCCAAGCAAGCAAGCGAGUGAGGCGGUCACCGAGACGUGAGAUAGGGAGAGGGGCGAUCUAUCAGUACAACAUGGCUACAAUUCCAACCUCGACGAGGUUUACGGACGAAUACCAGCUUUAUGAAGAGCUCGGAAAGGGUGCCUUUUCUGUCGUCCGGCGAUGUGUGAAGAAAUCAACCGGGCAGGAAUAUGCUGCUAAAAUUAUCAACACAAAGAAGCUGACGGCGAGAGAUCACCAGAAAUUGGAGCGAGAAGCUCGGAUCUGCCGUCUGCUCAAACACCCCAACAUAGUGCGACUCCAUGACAGUAUCUCAGAGGAAGGUUUUCAUUACCUUGUCUUUGACCUUGUCACUGGCGGAGAGCUUUUUGAAGACAUUGUUGCUAGAGAGUAUUACAGUGAAGCUGACGCCAGUCACUGCAUUAAUCAGAUCCUGGAGAGCGUGAGCCACAUUCACCAGCAUGACAUUGUGCACAGGGACUUGAAGCCGGAGAACUUGCUGUUGGCCAGUAAGAUGAAGGGGGCAGCAGUAAAGCUGGCUGACUUUGGGCUGGCCAUUGAGGUGCAGGGAGACCAGCAAGCCUGGUUUGGUUUUGCUGGUACUCCUGGCUAUCUCUCACCCGAGGUUCUGAGGAAGGACCCGUAUGGCAAGCCUGUGGACAUCUGGGCGUGCGGUGUGAUCCUGUACAUCUUGCUGGUGGGCUAUCCACCAUUCUGGGAUGAGGACCAACACAAACUCUACCAGCAGAUCAAGGCAGGAGCUUAUGACUUUCCCUCUCCCGAGUGGGACACAGUUACUCCCGAAGCCAAAAACCUCAUCAACCAGAUGCUGACCAUAAACCCAGCUAAGAGGAUAACUGCUGACCAGGCUCUCAAGCACCCAUGGGUCUGCCAACGCUCCACUGUGGCUUCCAUGAUGCAUCGCCAAGAGACUGUUGAGUGUCUGCGCAAAUUCAAUGCCAGGAGAAAACUGAAGGGGGCCAUUCUGACUACCAUGCUUGUGUCUAGAAACUUCUCUGCAUGCAAAAGUUUACUGAACAAAAAGUCUGAUGGAGUGAAGCCACAGACAAACAACAAUAAAAACAGUGUAGUAAGCAGCAGCACCAAAGACAGCAGCAUAUCAUCCACAGCACCAAUGGAACCACAGACCACUGUCGUGCACAACCCAGCCGACGGCGUCAAGGGGUCCAUGGAGAGUUGUAACACUACAGAAGAGGAGGACAUGAAAGGUAGGAAAGUUGACGUGGUUAACAGUGCAGUGCUCAGUGAGUCACUUCCUGCCCUGAUCCCACCACCCACGCGCAAGCAGGAAAUUAUCAAAAUUACCGAACAGCUGAUUGAAGCCAUCAACAAUGGAGACUUUGAGGCCUAUACGAGAAUCUGUGACCCUGGUCUAACCUCCUUUGAGCCUGAAGCACUGGGCAACCUAGUGGAAGGCAUGGACUUCCACAAGUUCUACUUUGAGAACCUCUUGAGUAAGAAUAGUAAGCCGGUGCACACCACCAUCUUAAAUCCUCACGUGCAUCUGAUCGGAGAGGAUGCAGCCUGCAUUGCUUACAUCCGCUUGACUCAAUAUAUUGAUAGCCAGGGCCGCCCGCGCAGCUGCCAGUCAGAGGAGACGCGUGUGUGGCACCGCCGUGAUUCCAAGUGGCUCAAUGUGCACUUCCACUGCUCAGGAGCACCCGCUGCCCCUUUACAAUGAACUACACCAGGCACAGCUUGCCUGGAUGAUUGGAGCAUGUCUUCUCAGUGGUCGGAUUGGUGCCAGGGGCCCGGCCGGAAGAGAAAACACAAAGGGGAAAAUAUUACACAACAAAGUAAAAAAAAAAAAUUUUAAAGCCAGCUGAGGCCAGCACCACUUCAGUCCAACCGUAGCUAGACGUGGGGGCCGGUGACGGCAGCGGCCCCGCCCUCCGAAUGCUGCAUGCUUCUGAUGCCCACAGGGGGCGCUGUCUUGUCCUUUACCCAUGAGCCCAUCUCUUCUGCCCGUCGUUCAGCAAGAGUGUUUCAAGUAUUAAUAUGUUGUAAAUUUUUGAGAUUGUCAAUCCUUACACCGUUAACGGGGCUGAAAGUGACGGCGGUUUAAAAUCAGAAAUGUGAAUUUUUAAAGGGAAGCCCACUUUUUCAGUGGCUAGUGGUGUUUUGUUUCUUUACUUUUUUUUUUGUCAAUAUGUGUUUAGCUGAUUUCAGCAAAGCAAUGGUAUGGGUGGAAUAUUUGAGGAGCUAAACUAAAUUCUUACUUAUUAUCAGAAAAUAUCACCAAAGUGUAGAAUUUAGACAUUAAGUUAUUUUAGCAGUCUGUUGAUUUGGGGAGACUAGAUUAGAGGAGUGUAGGAAGGUUUUUACUAUCUUGUAGGGUUCUUUUGUGUAACUUUGUGUUUUUAAUCUCCUGAAUGAUGCUGUAUUUGGAAGUUCUUUGUGUUUUCAACGAAAAAAAAAAAAAAGCAAGAUUUUCAAAAGCAAGGCACGUUCAAUAUAGUUGUACACUGAUAUUUAUAGGGAGGAAGAAAAGAGCAAGGGUGAUUGUGUGACACACGCUCUCACUUGGCACUCAUUGCUUUGUUGUGCGUUAAAAAGCCCUUGUACACACACACACACAUGCACACACACACAAACACGUCUGCACACUUGUGCAUAAAACCCUGACACGUGUUCAGUCAAUUUACUCAACUGCUUGUCUAUUUGCAGCUAUAUCAUGUCCUAGUGGUUAGAACCUGAAGUUUCAGAACACUCUCUUCACUUCAUUAGCGUGUUCCUAAUCUCCUUCUGAACAACAGGCGGAGCUUGAACACUAUUCACCUCAUCCUGCCUCUCAGAUCACUUGUUCUCUCUUACACAUUUAGAUCCGCUUCUUAGAGCGCCGGCUACGUGUGCUUCUACUUUUUCUAGACUCUUAUGAAGCAUGUUUGAAUCGAAUAGAAAUGGCCUGUACUGUUUUGCACAUGAGCCUGAGGCGCUGUGCUGUCGUGUUCCCAUAGCGUGGAUAUUUCUGCAACUUCAGGUUAGAAAAUUCCUCCCCAAGGACAAGUUGUGAGACUCACCCUGACACCAGUCUAUGCGUGCGUGCAUGUGUGUGUGUAUGUGUGGUGUUCUAUUUGUGACGUACCGUCUGUUCUUCUAGUCCCUGUUCCAUCUCCGGACUCACUGUGAGUGACGCUCGAGCAUGUUUAAUAGAGGAAAGCGAGUGUGGGAUGGAUUACCUGGUGAUCAUGUGACUUUCAGCUCAGACUUGAGAAUGAAGAAAGUGCUCCUGCUAAAGACAGUUGGUUUGUAGGUCCCUUUGUGAUACUUUGUGUUGUACUGUUCUAAUGUUCGUGUUCUUAGAGUUGGUGUUUAUUCUGGAUCAUAUAUUUUUUAAACUGUAAAUAUCGACACAGUGCCCAUGUGUAGAUGAAGGCUGGAGCUUAGGCUGUGCCGAAUGCGCACGUCCUCUCCAUCCAUCCGUCCAUCCAUCGUCCCUGUAUACACACACCUAGACAUGAUCCUAGACGCACCCCAUCAUGCACUGGUACAAUGAAUCCUGUUGUAAACGCAAAUCGUCAUGCGUAGGUUUGUGUGGUUGUGUUACUGCUCAAACACAGUGUGCUCCUUUUAAAGCAUAUCUGUGUAUGCGUGCGGACGUGUGUCUCAAUUUCAAUCAUCUGUGUGACAUUUUUUCACUGUAGUAACAUAGUUUUGUGUAAAUAUCAGUGACUAAAAGGGGACAAGGCUUGCAGCUGGACCCCUUCACCUUGUUCAAAGCAGUUCUGCCUACUGUUCACACUUGAGGGGAAAAAAAUAAAUAAAACCUCCUGUCCUCACUCACACAGAGCUCAGCACACCAGACAGUACACAGCACAGCACUGUGACACCCUCCACUCCAUCACACUGUGUUCCUGUUUUGCGCCCUGGUGCAGUGUCUGUGCAGUUCCAGUGGGGUGAUGUGUUGGGUUUCUGUAGUGUCUGUCCUGAGGCCCAUCGUUUUCCGUCCACACAGCCAUGAGGAAUGUUCAUCAACAGCACAACCCGGUUUAUUCAAUAUUUAACCAUGAAAGCAGAAAACCUAUCGACUCGAGGAGAGAAAUGGAUGAUGGUGUUUCAGAUAUAGAAAAAAAGAUGCCUGCUAGACAUAUUGUGCAUUUAGCUUGCAGAAGGAAGGUGAGCUUUCAUUUGCUUACUGAAAUAUCUCCAACAGGCUGCUCACGUUUAACAACCAAACCAUAUAUGCAGUUGGACAGAAGGAGGAAAAUAUGCAUGUCUACUCUGGUAAUAUUUUUCACUGUCUGUGUUUACUUAAAAAUGGAAAAUCUAUCUUAUCUAUCUAUAUGUAUGUUACCUGCAUUCUCGAGAUAAUUGAAAAUGGCUCUGUUUCAAAUGCUAAAAUCAAGUGAUGUACAGUAUCACAAACAAAAAAAAAAGGACAAAAAAGUUUAACAAAGCCUUAGCUUGGUAUGUUCCCCAGAUUCUACUCAAUUUAUUGCAUUGUAACCAUAUGAUGGUUCUACAUAUGACUAUACUCUGAGUUUUAAUUGGAUGCUGGAUUUUUUUGCAUGAUCAUACAAUUAAUAACACCAUUUAAAAAUACAAAAAAGAGUUUAAAAAUAUCAAGUGUUUGUUUGAAUGUCUGUAGAUCUUCAUGAUAGCUUUGUUAUUAUUGAAACAUGGGAAAGUAUUUAAUAAAAACAUUUAAACAUA